AUGGGGCAAGAAUUGGAGUUGGAUCUGAAUGACAGGUCUUCCGUGGGUCUCAGUCCCGAUACUGUUCUUCCAUCUCAGCAAUAUCGUUUGAAUGUGAAGAAAAGAUAUAAAAAUGGGAAACCCACUGGGAAAGAUGAUUUUUUGAAACUAAAAGAGAAUUUUGCUGAUAUCAAUUUUGGUACAUCACGCAAUUCUUCACAUAAGAGCCAUCCCUGUAGAUCUCAUGGUCUGGAAGGUAAUUUAGACAUGACAAACGGUUCCAAUCAUGAGACUUCAGAGCAAGUCAUAAGUAUGAAAAUGGGCACCGUGAGGGGAAGGAGAAAAAUUGAAAUUUCAUCCAGGAGCAGUGAUGCCUCUUUUUCGGGUAGUGUAGUUGAUUCUCUGUGUGGUUCAGAUGAUGAACGUCUAGACGAGAGACCUUCAGUAAUAUGUCAGGACUCAAAUUUAGGUUCACCAUCUCCAUCUGUUUCUGGUUCCUGGGAUAGAAUGGAGAACAACACUUCAAAUGACUAUAUUGAAUUUUGUUUACAUUCAGAUGUUUGGGAUGAAAAAUAUGGUGCGGUAGAAGGUAUUGGUUCUAUAAAUACAGAAAUCAUAAGUGAUAAGGUUUUGGGUUUACUAAUUGAUGGUAAUUAUCAUCCUAAAAAAGAUUCAGUUCAUGGAUUGUCACUCUCUUCUAUGGUUGAAAUCUCUCACAUGCAAUCUCCAUCAGAGAGUGACUGCUCACCAAGAGCAAGUCCAAAAGUCUCACUCACCUCUAUUAGGAAAAGGUUAAAUCCAUUCACAAAGUCAAAAGCUUUGACGAGUCCGGUGAGUUGUGUGCUGGAAACUACCGAGGUCAAAUUAACUGAGACAAGAAUUGGUACAAGAAACAGGACUUAUCAGAGAUCUUUGCUAAAUGACUUCUCUAACACAGCAAAGCAUUCUGACAUUAUUUCUGAGUUUAUCAAUAGAGAUAUCAUGUUUUCAGGUCUAUCAUGUUCACCUGUUCAUCUUCAUGGCAAUCUCAAGUUGAAAAACAAAGAAGGACUUCCAGUUUUUGAGUUCAUAGUAAAGUGCCCUGAAGAUGUCUUUGUGGCAAAGACCUGGAAAUCAGGCAAUGCUUUCAAUUGGUUGUACACCUUUCACUCAAUGGAUAAUAGAAAGAAAAGUACUGCCUCUGACUUGCGAUCCCAUUAUUCUGACAAAGAUUCAUCAAUGGUAGCACAGAUGCUAGUUUCCUCUGGUUCAUGUUCGAAAUUAGAAGUUGGAGUGUUCGACAACUCUAUGGUGACAGAAUUUGUGUUGUAUGAUCUUGCACACUCAAGAAAAAGUGUUUCACCUAAAAGAAGGUCUGACAACGAUCAACAUUGUUCUGACACGCUCAUAGAUUCCCGAGUAGGAAUGAACGGAGAAACUUUGAGACCACACGAAGAGACUUUGGCAACUAAAAGCAAGCCUGUAUCAGGCAAUGCAGGUUUUGACAAUGCAAAUUCUUAUCCUUUGUCAUCCGCAGAAUUGUAUUCAAACCCUGAAAUGGCUGCCAUUGUUUUGCAAAUUCCGUUUCUCAGGAGAGAAAGCUUGAAAUACGAAAGGAAGGAUAGAGUAAAGGCUGAAGCAUAUUCCAAACUAAGUGACCUCUCUUCAGCUGUAAAGCAGACUAGAAAAAGUCUUCAGGGUGGAAAAGUCCUGGAACAGGUGAAGGUGGUACUACCAACUGGCAACCAUGGCUUGCCUAGUGCUGAAAGCCAGGGUCCCUCAUCAUUACUUGAGCGAUGGAAACAUGGUGGAGGUUGUGAUUGUGGUGGUUGGGACAUGGCCUGUCCCCUUAUUCUUUUAGGCAAUCCUGGUGUUCAAUUUGCUGAAGGCCAUCCUCUUAGGAAGGAAUAUCAAACUCUGGAACUUUUUACUCAGGGAGUCAAAGAGCGAACUCCUACCUUUGGCAUGACGAUGGUUGAAGAGGGGCAAUAUGCAGUUGAUUUCCAUGCACAGUUAUCCCCGUUACAAGCUUUCUCCAUUUGUGUUGCCAUUUUGCAUGGCACCUCCACCACCUUCAGUGGUGCAGGACAGGGGAAAAACCAACAGAUUUCUCGAUGCAAUUCAUUGAAAAUGCUUCUCGAGGAGGAGGUAGAGUUAUUCAUCAACUCAGUGACGAAAGAAGAGAAAAAGAAUGUAUCCAAGAUUCCGAAGGGAAUUCCUCCACCCUAUGUGCUAAACCCACCUUUUUCUCCUAUGUCCCGUGUGACUGCAUCCAUGGCUUCGGAGAAUAUUUGCUCGAUGCUCCUAUUUUCUGCAGUAAUACUGCUUCUCCGUGACGCCCCUUCUGUAUUAGCUGGGGACAUAGUUCACGAUGAUGAUUCAACUCCCAAAAAGCCCGGUUGCGCGAACCAGUUCGUUCUGGUAAAAGUGCAAACCUGGGUCAACGGUGUAGAGGAUGCUGAAUUUGUUGGUGUGGGUGCCAGAUUUGGCAGAGCCAUUGUGUCGAAAGAGAAAAAUGCAAAGUAUACCCGCCUUAUUCUUUCAGAUCCUCGUGAUUGUUGCAGUCCGCCAAAGAAUAAGGUUGUUUCUGUGCCGUGUGUAGUGAACUUUGAACUUUACAAGAUGGUUUGCGAUCCUGAUGAAACUGAUUUGAACAUACACAUACCUGCAGUCAUGCUUCCACUAGAUGCAGGUGCAAGGCUGGAAAAAAUGCUGACGAAUACUUUAUCUGGUGAGCUUCCUUUCGAUUUUCAUAAAUAUCUCUGGAUGUUUUUCGUGUGCAUGCUAUGCGGGACUGUGUCAGUGCAGCUAUACUCACCACGUAGACCUUCUGUUGACAUAGCGGAAGUAUUUCUUUGGAUGAUGGCAGUUCUUACCAUAUUAUGUGCAUCAUAUUGGUCAGCUUGGACAGCCCGAGAAGCAGCUAUUGAACAGGAUAAGCUCUUAAAGGAUGCUUCAGAUGAAAUCCCAAACACUAACUAUGCUAGUGUUAGUGGAGUUGUAAAUAUGAACGUGAAGGCUGCAGUCCUUUUUGUUAUAUUUGCUUCGUGUUUCCUGUUUUUGCUUUACAAACUGAUGUCGUCGUGGUUCAUAGAGGUUUUGGUUGUUCUCUUCUGUAUUGGUGGCAUUGAGGGCUUGCAAACUUGCUUGGUUGCUCUUUUGUCCAGGUGGUUCAAGCAUGCUGGAGAGGCAUACGUCAAAGUACCCAUUUUAGGAUCUAUCUCAUACCUGACUUUGGCUGUUUCUCCAUUCUGUAUAACAUUUGCUGUUCUUUGGGCAGUUUAUCGUGACCAAUCCUUUGCCUGGAUUGGUCAAGAUAUACUUGGAAUCGCACUGAUAAUAACAGUUCUACAGAUUGUACAUGUACCAAAUCUCAAGGUUGGUACAGUUCUUCUCAGCUGUGCCUUCAUCUACGACAUCUUUUGGGUGUUUGUCUCAAAGAAGUUUUUCAAGGAAAGUGUCAUGAUUGUGGUAGCCCGAGGUGAUCGAAGUGGAGAAGAUGGAAUUCCCAUGUUACUGAAGUUUCCACGUAUUUUUGAUCCAUGGGGUGGCUACAGCAUCAUAGGUUUUGGAGACAUCCUUUUACCUGGAAUGCUGGUGGCAUUCUCACUCAGGUACGAUUGGCUGGCAAAUAAGAGCCUUAGAAGUGGAUAUUUCUUGUGGGCAAUGUUUGCAUAUGGCUUUGGUCUUUUAAUUACGUACGUGGCACUAAACUUGAUGGAUGGGCAUGGGCAACCAGCACUAUUAUACAUCGUUCCAUUUAUCCUUGGAACCUUAAUGACAUUGGGGCGGAAGCGAGGAGAUUUGAUGGUUUUGUGGAAAAGUGGAGAACCGGAAAAGCCUUGCCCACAUUUAAGACUCCAACAUAGUGGAGAAUUAAGCCUUGAAUGA